AUAAACAUGGACGUUUGAAGUGAUUUGCCCGCACUGAGUUAGUCGGAAAACAUCUCUUUUUCAAGUCAUAGGACGCUGCACCAGACUUUUUAAUGUGACCGAUUGAAAUUUCAAAGCCUCAGAAUGGCUAGAGGACCGCAUCAAUCGUCUUCUCAACUUGAGAAAAUUUGCCAGGACUGGAUGAGCAUCAUUGAAAUAUUGCUCUCUUACAUCAAUCGUCCGAAGCUCAUCAAAUCAAAAUUUCGGUUGUCCUUUAAUCACAUCAUUGCUCGCUUUGAAGAAGCUUGGAGUAUUUUCUGUCCUGAGAUUGAAAUGGUACCAGACCCUACCAAUGCAGUAUUGGAUGCCUAUCAAGAUUUUCUGAGUGCUUUCUCCAACUGCCUGAUGAUUUUGCUCACAAAAGACUUGGACCACACAAAAGUGCCUGGGAUUUCAGCUUUCUACGAGAAGCUCUUCAAAACUCUCUACUUGAAUUGCAGCAACUUGUACUUGUACCUGAUGGACAAACACAUGUCCAGCUUGAAAAAUAUCCUAGAUGUCUAUGUGAACCCCGUUGGUUUUUAUCCACCGAUUUCAAUUGGAACCUAUAGUGUUGCAAACUCAAGUCGUUUCCCUGGUGAAUGUAGAUCGCUUGUUAGACUGGCAAGCAUUGAAAGCGCAAAACCUGUCGUUUCUUUCCUGUCUGAUGUGAUUUUUAGUUCAUAUGAAUUGGUUCUCCAGUCUCCCCUCAGACUUAAGCUACUGGACUUGUACUUACAAAGGCUGGGAGCUUGGGACCUGUUCAACUACAAUGAUCUUAUUUCAAACAAAUUUCUUGCUCUUGCUUCGUUUCCAUUUCGCAAGGAUUUAGACAUGCUUCCAUGUUUUGUGGAAAUCUGUACUGAUAUUGUAUCCAAGGAACCAUUGGAGGCUAGCAAUUCAAAGUUGCUGUUGCUUCAAGACCAGGUUGCUCAAAUGUUCUUGUCCCAGGAAUUCUCUGUAGAAGAUAUGGCUAAAUUCCCAUUCCCAACAAAGUUGAAAGCGGCUGUGAUGAAAUAUCAAUGUGAUGAUGAUGGUAAAGGUACUCAAAGCAAAUUGGUGAAACUUCUUUGCAAAUUUAUGUGCAAAGGGGUUGUGAAGUUGACUGACCUGGAGAUCAAAUGGCUGGCACAUAAUUUCUGUGGAACCGCUAAUAAUGUGUCUGGCUCCCUGAUGAUGGCAUUCCUGGAGUACGAAUUGAGGUGCUGCUUAGCUGGCGUGCAUCCAAAUAAAACAGAGCAUGGAACAGUGCCCCACAGCAAAUCCCAUGUGAAACACUCAAUUAAUGUAUGGAUCAAUGCAGGAGAUGUUAGCCAAGUUUGGCAGAUAGCUUCACAAAUUUUUACAAAAAAGCUAGAAAGACUUGCUCAAGUAGAGGACCAGAAGCACGACUGCAUUGUUGCUGACGUGGGAAAACUCCAUUUAAUUAUGAAUGGACUGCAAGUGAUUGUAUGCAGAAUCGAAAUUGAACAGAAAAAGGCAUCUGAAUUUAAAACUCCCCCGAGCUUCGUUUUCUUCCCAGGCAGUUAUGAAAAAGUUGUGGCACAAAUGGGAAUUUUGCCCAAUCACUGCAUUGAGUUGAUCCCAUCUAAGGGCAAAGCUCCCUCACUGGAAAAUGUUAACGUGUCUAUCAAGUUAUGGAGAGAGGUGUUGGAGAUGUUGAAUGCACUUCGACUUUUGCCUGAGUCGUCCAAGUUGGAAGCCUCGGAGCUAAAUUCCAUUGAGAUCCUGUGUGGUUUACCAUGGUUGAAUAAACAAGACAAGGCUGACAUACCUGCAAACAAACUUGAGUGGUACCAAAUCCUAGCUGAGAGUCUGCAGAAAAAACUCAAAGGAGAGAUGCCUGAAAGCUUAUCAGUGGACACUUUAAAGGUGUUUGGCAAGGAAUUGAACAAAACAAGUAAAAAGCCAACGGCGUGGAGAGUCAAUGUAGUCCGAGACUGCCUGAUGACUUAUCCUGAAGAGUUGGAAAUUGUCAUGCCAAAUCUACCAGUCAUUAUUUCUUCCUGUCACCGAUCAGACAUCAAGCCCUUGUAUCAAGUUUUCAGCAAGAUUUUGAACCAUCAAAGCGAAAAAAUCAUUGCAUUAGCUGCUGAAGUCUUGCCAAGCAUUGUUUGCGCUCUCUCAGGCUGCUGUGAAGUCCAGGAAUUCAUCAAAGAGAAUGAGGCAUCCAGUACAAUUGACAUUCAAAUAUCUUGUUCGGAGUGCUCUUUAAACAGGAACUUUGCAGGCCCCAAAGGUUGGAAUUUCUUGAAUCUGCUCGACAAUUUCAGUGCCGAUUGGAAAAAUGUCAUCCUCCACAGUAACCCUGCUAUAAGAAGAGCCAUAGCUAAAGGAUUUCCUCAAAUAAUUAAACAUUUGGGAUCGUCAUUCAGUACUGCAGAUGUUCAACUUUGGGUCAAACUUCUUUCAGAUGAAGAUGCAAGCAUUUCGGAUGACUUUGUUUGUAAUCUGCCAUCAAUUCUGAACCUAAGAAAUGACACAGAAUACAGACAAGAGGCAUUCAAGAUCAUCAUAAACGAGUUAAAUUAUUUGAUUGAAAAUACUUGGAGGGGGCGCAAGUCGUGGGAUAUUGUCUUGGCAGCAAUGGACCCCAUUCUUAAAAUGCAGAGUGACUUUGCGGUAAAGCCAGUCAUGAAGAUGAUACUAAAGUUGAUUGCCCUGAAGAAGGAUGAUAUAUGUGGCCUCAAUCAAGAAGUUGUCGUAGAAUUCUUCAAUAGCAACCAUAUGGAUCCAAUGGUUGCAUUCUUUCAGUCACAGGAUGAAAUUUGGUCUGCUGUUAUCGAAACGCUCUCCUUUCAAGACCCUAACAAGAGGAACAUAAUUUAUUGCUUUGAGCGAAUUUGCAACAUCUUUGGAUUCAAGUCCGUGACCCUGAGGAAGCACCUCUUCCACUUUUUGCGAGUCUUGAUUCCCAAGUGCUAUGAGGAUACAACCUUUCUCGACACACUGGAAGAUACUGCUUUGUACCUCAAUGUUCCUCAGAAAAGUAUCAAAAGUAUGCUCACAAGAUUUCAUGCCAUGCUCUAUCCGAUGUUUGUCGUGAACUACCCUGAUAACUACUUAGACUUUUACUUGAAGUUGGCGGGAUGUGAUGAUGAAGUUAGCCGUUACUUGACCCUUAUCAUUAUCCAAGUGAUACUGAACUUCCACUCCAGUUCUGAAGAUAUUUACAAGAAGCUCACAAGUAUUUUGAAAGGUGGUGAUGACAAAACUGACCUGUCACCCGAAGAGAUUUCUCAAGACCUGCAAAGCCAUAUGAUGGGCAUAUUGGUCACCAUCCAGAGCAAUGUCGUGAGCAAAUAUGCCAGCACUGAUUUGAAGGUACGAUCUCUUGUUGGGUUUAAGAACUUGCUGAAACUGGUGAGCACUGAGGCCAUUUCACCUGUGUUUAACAAAAUUCUCGACGUAAUUUGUACAUUCAAGACCCUCAAAGAACCAGAAUUAGUAAAGGCAUACUGCUCUUUAGUUCUCACCUUCCUUGAGCACCUGGAGAAAAGCAAGCUUGGUGCUGUAAUGUUUACUAUAAUGACCAAUUUGACAUUUCUUGACCUCGAGAAGUUCAAAACUGAAGCAAAGUUGAUCGUUGAUUUCUUUCUGGUGAAGAACAGGAAGAACGUAAAACCGAACAGCGAAGACCUUUUUAACUUAACAGAUCUUCUAAAAGAAUUUGGGUUGAACAAGUUUUUAGAAGACUGCCUGCAAUGUGCCAAAUCAUUGUCAACUGACGAAAUGUUAGAGAUCAAGCUUAAUGCUAUUUCUAAUAAUUAUGUUGAGAAUCAAAUUUUGGCCCUAAAAUGUCUCAAGAAAUACUUCAUCACAAUCCAGCCAGAAAUUCAGAGGCUAUUCUUUGCUCACAACUUGGACUCUCACUCAUCCCUAAAUGCAAUAAUUGGCAAGUUAGUCAGUGGGGCAUCUUCCCCAAAUCCGUCUCUACGAGUCCCAAGCAUUGAGUGCCUAAGCGAAUUAGGAGCCAUCGACCCUAGCCACUGGAUUGUUGCCUAUGGUUUUAAGGAUAGGUCAAAAUUUUUCCUGGACUCGUCUUGUGCUGAAUUUGUUUGCCGAGCAUUGGAAACCCUGCUUGAUGGAUUUCAGUCAAGUACAAAGAAAGAAGACAUGGACAUAAUUGGAUAUGUUUGUCAAGAAUUCAUGAAAGCCAACCACUUUCAAAACGAACCAGCCAAGGCUCCUGUACAAAUUUGGAAUCUCUUCAGUGAACAAUCAAAAACUAUGCUGAUGCCAUUUUUUACGUCAAAUUACAUCAGCAAGAUAACCAUUGAAGCUGAUGAGCUCCCUCACCCUCUUAUUAGUUCCCAAUAUGGGGAAGCAUUUGAAGACUGGAUACUCCACUGGGUGGCGCGCUUGAUUGGUUACAUCAAGAACAAGAGCAUUAAAGACACAUUUGAUGCGCUCAAAUUGGUCUUCCGCAUCAAUCUGAAAAACGCCUCAUUUUUCCUGCCCCACAUUUUCAUCAAUGCGGUUUGGGCAGCAACUCCCGAGGAAAUUGAUUUGAUCGUAGAGGAAAUGGUCACAGCAGCCCACUUGCAUGAAAGUUCCUGCCAAGUUUCCGAAGAGGAGUCAUUUGAAAUUGUCUUCAAAGCCUUGAGACAAAAUGUUGGGAUGCAGAGCUCUGUAGAGCUGCAUUUGGAAGCAUCAAAUUCGGCACAGAAGGAAACGAAUCUCAAAUGCUCGAAAGUAAUAUUUUCUUUGAUAGACUACAUUAUACGCUGGAAUUUGGAAUUCGAGCAAGCACUUCUAAAUGGAGCACCCUCUAAAAGGUCAAUGGCUUCCACAUGCAGCGAAUCUUCUAGAGAUGUGCGAAACUCUCCUCUUGCCUACAAGUAUAGAAAAAAUAGAGAUUUCAUGGACCGCUUUAAUUUGAAAUUAGCAGCUGAGCAGAACCAUUCUUGCAAUGAAAACUUCAGAGCUCUGCGGUAUCUGGACAUUUUUUGUGUGGAAAAAAAUAGAGAGAAAAAUGUUGAGGGCUGCUUAAAUCUAUUUUUGCGAAUCCAUUCCCAGCUGCAGAAUAUUGACUUUGUUCAUGGAGUUUCAUCAAUCAGGAAAAGAGCUACUGGAAAGUCUGAGCAAUUGCUUUUGUAUGAAAUGAAUGGAGAGCUCCAGGAAUCUAUCAUUUGGUGUGAAAAGAUGAUGUGCAACAAAGAGGGAGAUGUCCAAGAAAUUUUGGGCUAUGUCACAAAAACGUACCUUCAACUAGAUCAGCACCAGCCAGUAAUUGGGAUUUUUGAGAAGCACUUUGAUGAGACAAAUAGUCCGAAGUUUAAUGGGGCACUGUUGGCAAGCAAACUAGAAUCUCACUGGCGUAUGGCUGCUUGGGAGGAUCUGAACAAAACUUUGAGCGAUACUAAAAACUCUGAUUUUACUUGGGCGUAUCACUUUGCUAAAAUCCUUGACAGCAUCUUUAGAGGUGAUUAUGAGGAUUCCAGAAGAAGUAUCUACAUGAUGAGAGAGGAUCUUGGCAAUUGGUUGAACAAGUGUGGACCCAUCAGCAGCCCAUACGCAACAAACUAUCCAGCUUUUCUCCUAAUGCACUUGCUGACUGAUGUGGAAAUCAUGAUUAAAAUCCUUCUACCGUCGGAAAAGAUCGGAAGUUUAAGUGAGAAGGAACAGGUUGCAAAAAUCAAGGAGGCGUUUUAUGCAAUGGAGUUUCGACAAAAGAGGAUCAGUUUUGCUUGGAAAGGACUCCAAAUGGCUUUAUCAGUGAGACGAACGCUGCUGUCUUUACUUCAACAUGUCCUGGCUGGAUUUAGUGAAACAGGCUCUUUCAUCAGAAAAGAACUGGGACGUCUAUGGAUGGAAAGCGCAAAAAUCUCGAUUAACCAUCGGCAGUUCCCGCAAGCCUUGGGCUAUCUGAUCAGCAGUGAACAAUGUGGUCUCAAGGAAACCUUUGUACUUCAAGCUCAGUUGGAGUGGGAAAAAGGAAGCAAAGAGCUUGCCUUAAUUUACCUGCAUCGAGGGAUUAACAAAUACUUUCCUGAUUGGGAAAAAUUUGAACAGAUUCCUACUGGAACUAGAGUUGAAGAUAGGAGGAUAUGUGCCGAGGCAAAACUGCUCAUUGCCAAAUACAGCUCUAAAAUGAAAAUUGUGGAUGAUGUUCAAGCCAUCUUUUUGUACAAACAAGCUGUAAAAUGCUAUCCCCAAUCCGAGGAGUCAUGGGUUCACCUUGCCAGAGCUUAUGAAACCGUAAAAAAGAGCACAGAAAAAACCUCGGGAAGAGGAAAAAACUAUUAUGUUUGUCUGAAAGAGAUUGUGAAAUGCUACACUUUUGCAUUGAUGAAUGGGGUUAAAUAUCUCUAUGAGUCGCUCCCAAGAGUCAUUACCAUCUGGGCUGAUUCUCUCAAUGAUCUGCAAGAUUUAUCCACAGAAAAGAAUGAUAAUGAGAGAAAAAUGGUCACAUCUGCUUUCAACUUUUUUGACGAACAUAUGAAGGACUUGAGAAAAAAUCUCCCACCGUAUGCUUUCUAUGCCUGUUUCAACAACUUGAGUGCAAGGCUCUGCAGCUCAUACCGUCGCGUAUAUACUUUCAUCCAAGAAAUCUUUGUGGAUCUCUUGCAAGCACAUCCAUAUCAGACUCUGUGGAAGUUGGUCCCCAUGAUCAAAGUGUCCCACGUCAUUCGAGUGAACAGAGUCCAAGAAGUGCUAAUUAAAUUCGGGGCAAAGAAUGGUGAUAUGAACAGGCUAAUGGAAGCCUAUGUGGUCUUCAACAGCUUCCUUUAUGACUUAGGUCACUUUCAAAUCAAGACGCAGAGCUCAAAAGUUUUGAUGACAAAUAUUGCUCCCAAGCUUGUAGAAUUUUUUAAAAGGUCGCAGGGAUCAAGAAUCUUGAUGCCUACUGAAGAUCUCAUUAGCGUAGUGCUGCCAGAUGACUCGGUCAACUUCAAGACGCACAACGCCUUUCCCAGAGAACCGGUGUAUAUUACAAGGGUAAUGGAACCAGUGCAAGUCUUUGCAUCACUACAGAAACCAAAGAAAUUCUCUCUGUUGGGAUCAGACGAUAAGGAAUAUUCCUGGCUUGUGAAGAACAAAGAUGACCUAAGAAUUGACUCCACUGUGAUGCACUUUAUGCAGGCUUUGAAUGCCCUGCUAGACCAGAACACUGAAUGCAAAGAGAGAAGACUUAGCUGCAAAACAUAUAGCGUGGUACCACUUGGUGAAGACUGCGGGCUGAUUGAGUUUAUUCCUAAUUUAAUAACAAUGCGACAAGUGAUCAUGGACUUGUACAAAGGGAAAGGAGAGAAGAAUGAGACUAAGGAAGAAAUUAAGAAGGGGGACAAUAUUGAAACAAAGUGUAGGAUUUUUGAGAAAUGUUUGAUUCCUGCCCAUCCAUCCGUCUUGAGUGACUGGUUCAAUUGGAAGUUCCCUGACCACUCUGCAUGGAAUGAAGCUAGAAAGAAGUUCAUCUACUCCACAGCAGUUAUGUCCGUGGUUGGCUACAUUCUCGGACUGGGAGACAGACACGGAGGCAACAUCAUGUUGAAUAAUUUGACUGGUGAAUCCAUUCACGUUGAUUACAACUGUUUAUUCAACAAGGGAGAAACACUGCCUUGGCCAGAAAAAGUGCCAUUUCGACUGACGCAUAACAUGAUCAAGGCUAUGGGCGUUGCUGGAAUGGAAGGGCCGUACAGGAAAGCUGUCGAAUUGACUGUUGCAGUCAUGAGAAACAAUGCAGAAACUCUUUUUGGUGUUCUGAGCCCAAUCAAGUUUGAUGCCACCAUUAAAGACAGGCUUGGUGAAAAUAGCAACAAACAAGAGUUCAUCAACACAUCUGUUGACAAAUCCUUGAGGAGGGUGCAGAUGAGACUUGCUGGGAUUUUAAAUGAUAAAUUAAAAGAUGUAGCAGAUGGAAUGAUUUUGUCUCCUGAAGGUCACGCAAAAGCCAUUAUCAACCAAGCAACUGAUAUCAAAAAUUUGUGCCAAAUGUAUCCAGGUUGGGGUGCAUUCCUUUGAAUUUGUUUCCUCAAAAAGUGAAUUUUAUAAUUUAUUUUUGCUAAGAUUAAAAUAUUUUAAGAGCA